CCAACUGUUGCCUGCUUGUACCUCUGCCAGUCCUGAAAGGGUAGUGCUCCGAGAAGCAGCUCAGCCCAACCAGCUGGUGCUUCCUUUGCACCCACCUCUCAGGACACAGCUGCCCAGCUGAGCAAGGAGCCCCGUCUGCAAGGAAGAAGCAUUUCACUGUUCCUAUCAUGGGAGAGGACGCUGUGCAGGCUCAAAAGUUCCAAGCCAGAGAUAACCCUGGCCCAGAGGCACUGCUACACCAGGAGAAGGCAUCAAAUGCCAGCCCGGUGCCAUCCUCCACUCCGAGUCCCAGCCUGAACUGUAUGACCACAGAUGAGUCAAUCCGGGAGACCUCCCAGGUGAACGCUGUCACGGUGCUUACCCUCCUGGACAAGCUGGUGAAUAUGCUGGACACGGUGCAGGAGAAUCAGCACAAGAUGGAACAGCGGCAGAUCAACCUGGAAGGCUCCGUCAAGGGCAUCCAGAACGACCUCACCAAGCUGUCCAAGUACCAGACCUCUACGAGCAACACAGUCAGCAAGCUCUUGGAGAAAUCCCGCAAAGUCAGUGCCCACACCCGAGAGGUCAAGGAGCGCAUGGAACGCCAGUGUGCACAGGUGAAGAGGCUGGAGAACAACCAUGCCCAACUCCUGAAGAGAAACCACUUCAAAGUGCUCAUCUUCCAGGAAGAAAAUGAGAUCCCCACAAGUGUAUUUGCAAAAGAGCCUAUUCCUAGCAUAACUGAAGGAAAGGAAGAGACUGUGGAUGAGAACAAAUCCCUGGAAGAGACUUUGCAUACGGUCAACCUGUCAUCAGAUGAUGAAGUACCUAAUGAAGACGAUGCCCUGGAAGAUAGUGCUGAGGAAAAGGCAGAAGAAAGCAGGGCAGAGAAAAUAAAAAGAUCAAGCCUCAAGAAAGUAGAUAGCCUCAAGAAAGCCUUUUCUCGCCAAAAUAUUGAGAAGAAGAUGAACAAGUUAGGCACAAAGAUUGUUUCUGUGGAAAGGAGAGAGAAGAUUAAGAAAUCUUUGACCCCCAACCACCAGAAAACAUCAUCAGGGAAAAGUUCUCCUUUCAAAGUGUCUCCACUUACUUUUGGUCGGAAGAAAGUUCAUGAGGGAGAAGGUUCCACUGAGGAAGAGACCAAACCAGUGGAGACACUGGCCGGUGACCAAACCCUGACUGAGAAUGAAGCAAGUUCCUUCACAGAGGUCCCUUCAGACACAUCUUUAACCCCAGCUCUGGUGGAAGAGAAUACAGCCACAGAUGUUCAGGAGAAGCUUGUCCCAAGAGAAAGCAACCCAGCAACAAAAAACAUUGAGCUGUCAAUUGUUGAAGACGAAGAGUUUGAAAUGGCCCAAGAAUUCUCUCAAAAGAACCAUGAUGACCGCUAUAGGCUCACUAUUGGAGAAACAGAACAAUCUGAGGAUGAAGAGCAAGCCCAACCUGCCAUUCUCCAAAUAGACCAAACAGCAUAACUUCUGAGCUUUCUUUCAUGCCUCCCACCCUGACAAGAUUUUAGUUAAGUAAAUAACCAAAGUCUAAGAACAAGCUGCUGCCUAUCUCCAGUGUUAUUGAUUCACUUUGUUACCUGUUAUUUCCUUCCUUUGCAGUAAUAAUUUAUUUUAGAAUAGCAUCAUCCAGAGUGACCAAGACUUACUACUGUGUAGACAACCUAUCUGGUGCUCUAUGUCUCUUAAUCUCUCUAAUUUACUAGUCAGCUUCAUUCAUUUAGAAUUUCCCUGAGCAUUAAUUGAAGAAAAAAGAAGUGAAACAAUUGGAAAAAAAGCUAAUCAAUUUAGCUUAGUUAGGGCAACCACUAGAUGACUAGGAUACUAGUAGUCAUGAAACCUGUGAUUCAAUAUUUCCUCUUUUACAAUAAUUUCAUACUUUAGUAACUAAUGUAGCAUAAACCUUGUGUUAACUGAAUCUGAUUUCCUAUGCUUACAUUAUAACUGUGAAUUACUGAUUGUUUUGUUGGGUAUAUAUAUAUAUAUUUUUUUUUCUUAAGUUCCAAUGCACUUAAAGCCAAAAGCAUUUGCAGAGUUUAGAGGUUAUAAUAUGGCUUUCACUUAAAAGAAACCACUGUACUAUGUAAAAAGUGGAGAGAUAGAGAAAGAGAGAAAGAAAAAGGUAUUGAUAGGCCUAAUAAGCUGAGGCAAAAGCGAAAAAGGAAAGACAAAGGAAAAGUAGCACAGAGAGAGAGAAGUAGAUAUGGGGAAGAGGAUGAGAACUGAGAGGAAGAGGAAAAAAUGAAAAAAAUAGAGAUGGGAAAAAUGCUUCUAGUAUUAACCUAACUAAUUAAUUCCUUAAAUAACACCACUUAAUGCUUUUUUAUACCCUGGAAUAGUAUUUUAGUAAAUGGCAUCUUUGAAAUAUUGUGUCAGCAGCUAUUUUGAAAAUAAUAUAGUAAAUACAUAAUUUGUACAGUAUUAAAGAAGAAAAAGUAACAAGAAUGUAAUGUUUUCUUAAUGAAGAUAAUAAGCUUUAAAUGUUUCUCUGAGGAAACUCAAGAGGAUAUGCUCUAGUUAAAGAUGAAAUGUCUUAGGGAACAGCAAAUACCAAUCAAUAGAUGUAGGAUUUUGCAGAGAGUUACAUCCUUCUCUGCUUUCAUUUUAUAAUUUCCAAGCUGAAGUCACCUGUGUCCUCCUGUUAUAGUUUCAGUUUCCAAAUGGUUCAGGAUCAUGCAUUGGUAGUUUGUGGAAUGAAAUCUGAUUAAAUGAACUCUCUCCAUUCUAUUCAGAAUAUUAAUUGCAUUCCAGAACAUGGUUCACUUACUUAGAGAUUAAUUUACAAAGAAUUAUAGCCAUUUUUUAAAUUCUUGAAGCACAGUAAUGUUUAUAUACAUUUUUUUAAGUGCAAACAUAUUAUAGAUUUCAGUCCUGGCUUAUCCUGUGCCAAAGGGUUGCCUUCUCUAGAAGUGUUUUGUAGUGAGAAAUGUUGAUGUGAUGAGAAAACAGUUAUCAUAAAUAGCUUAAUGACAACAGUAUUUAAAGAAAGAAAAUACCAUGCCACCAGAAAAAUCAUAUGAGGAAUUGCCUUUCCCUCAUCUGCUUUUCCCUCCAAACAGAACUACCUAGACCACAAACUUUAAUGUUUUAAUACUUUGAGAAUGCAUGACUCAGCCAGCAGGGGAACCCUGUUUAUGGCUACAAUUCUCAAUCCUCUCCCAACUUGGUAAAAAGCCCUUGAAGAACUGUCAUGGAUGAAAAUCAGCAGCAUCUGCUAAAGGACCAUCUUCAUCUAAACUGGUCUGGAUUUCAGAAGAUAGGCACAGCAACCAACUAUAGUGAGCCCUGCUAACAUGCAUUGGGAGUCAUCUCUCCAUCUUGGUGGGGAGCUGUCAGAACUUCCACUCUGUUGAAAUUGCCUUCAAGAACCCAGGAUCACCCCCAUGCCUUGAUGACAAAUCACAGUAAGACUUCAUUGGCAGAGAAGGACAUUUAAAUUAAUAUUCAGUACCCACGUGUCUACCAGUACCAGUAAAACUGAACAGAUAAAUUUUGCUUUCUGUAAAGAUGAAUCUGAACACAUAAAUGGCCCCAAUCCUAUAAAUGUGCAAAUAUUGGCUGCUAUACAUGACUUGGUAUAAUGGAAAGAACAUUGGAUUUGGAGUCAGGAGACUCAGAUUCAGAUCCCAGCACUCCCACUUAUUACAUAUGUGUCUCGGGGAAAGCCACUUCAACCUCCCUGGGCCUCAGUUUCCUUAUCUAUAGGAUGAAGGAGAGGACUAGGUUACCUCUAAGAUCCCUUCCAACUCUAAAACUAUGACACUCUGAUAUGAUAUUGAGUAUCUUAUAUGCACAAUCACAACAAAAAAGAAAAGCCAAUUCCAGGAAGACAAUAAAAGUGAAAGUAGGGAAACAUGAAAAGACAAGAAUGGGUAAAAAGAAUCAUUGGUCUCCAUGAAGAAUGCCAAAAAAAAAAAUCUAUAAAUAGCUCUUACCAUGGAGAAGGUAAAGAUGUUCUUUUGUAUAUAUCCAUCCAUACAGGCACUCACGAAGAAGACUGGGUGGCAAAUUAUCUACCAGGGGCUAGAUGUGAAUUUUUCAACCUAUUUUUGCAUUUUUUCCCCUAAUAAUUCCUUUAAGCAGAGGUGGCAUCUUGGAUUCUUAGAAGGCAUUACAUUCAUGGAAUAAGACAACAGGAACUGGACUAUUUUUUUCCAAGAUCACCUUAGAAAGGCAAUCUUUAGUGGACAUAUUGCUAGCAAGAAACAUAGAGGUAGAUUUCUAUUUUGUAUUAGUAACAGCAUAAUUCCAAAUACUGAAGAGUUGUACUAACAGCUGAUGUAUUAAAGGGUAAAUAAAAUUUUUAAAAAGGG